AUGGCGGAAGAUAACAAGGCCGAUGCAGACCGUUACUCUCACUGCAUACAAUGUGACUUGAUCUAUCCGUCUCCGCAGGCGCUUCAUUUGCACAAGAUCAUGAGCGAUCGCCACUUUGCCUGCCCUCAUUGCGGUCUCGAAUGGCUCAGCCAGGGUGGCCUGGAAUUCCAUAUGAGACAUAAUCACCCAGAGACCCGGGAAAUGGCUUGCGCCGGCUGUGGUUCCAAAUUCAAGUCAGCGUGCGCGGUGAUCCAACACAUUGAAGACAUGAAGUGUCCUGUCGUUGGUACACCAAAGGAACCCUUGAAAUUUGGCAAAAUUUAUCGUCCCGAGAUAAUGUGCCUGAGGAAUGGCGGGGCGUUACCCGAACCACAGCCCUUACAGGACGCUGAUUCAAGCGAUUCCAGCCAAGACAAUGAUGCGGAUGGAGGUGUUCCACUUCAUGCCACUUCUGGCAACAUGGAAGACAAGGCAUCUACCCCGAAUGUCCGUUGGACAGCCGAAGGCACUCAUUUCCGUCCUGACUUCUCGAAGCACCGAGGUACAGCCCACAGCCGCAUCCAUCGUGCGAACUUUGAAGAAUUCUGGAACCCAGACGAAGAUCUCUUCUAUUGCGAUUGCGGCGAGUCUUUCAAGUAUGUGACCGCGUUUCAGUAUCAUCUCGGGUUCCCGCUGGAAAUGAAACCCACGAGGGAAGAAGAACAACAUAAUAGCUGCCCCCGGUGCUCCAAGCGCUUCGCGAGCUUGGCUGCGCUCGUCGCCCACAUGGAGGCCCGAUACUCCAGAUGUGGUCUCCGUGCCAGUGAUGCCAAAUUUGAGCAGGCACUUGACGAUGUCAUGCGUGGCCUUGCAAAGGCCUGCGUCGAGUCUGAGCAAAAAGAGAUCGAGUUUGGCGUCAGCAGCCAGUCGAAACACAACACCCCUGAGUCAUCGAUCGGGGGGUUGCUUCUUCACGAGGCGAGUCCAACGAAGGUGGCACCGGUGACGCAGAUUCUCGCGCUGAGGCUAAAUUUACUUGGUGAGCCCUGCGGAAGACAACAAGGAGGAGCUGUGGAGUUGGAAAUGAGAAUGUACCUUUGA